GGAGGAGGAGGAGGUGGUGGGGGGGAGGGGGAAAUGGCGAUGGGGAACAGUGAGGUGGUGAAGGUGGCGGAGUGUGGGUGCUGCGGCAUGUGGGAAGAGUGCACGGUGGAGUAUAUUGGGCGGGUGAAGGAGCGCUUCGGUGGCGUGUGGGUGUGCGGGCUGUGCGCGGAGGCGAUCAAGGAUGAGCAGGCCAGGCUGGGGGUCGGCGUCGAGGCGGCGCUGCUGGUGCAUGCCAAGUUCAGGCAGAACGCCACCGUCGACCCGUCGGUGCGCAUCGCUCGCUCGCUUCUCCAGUUCUUGAAGAAGAUGAUCUCUUCGCCCGCUGCCUCUCCUGGAAAGCUAUGACGUGCAUGGCCGUCUCCCUUCGUCUUCUCACUGUAAACUUCUGAGGUAGCUAACUCGUGCAGUACUGACUGCGGUUAGGUGUAGAUGUUGCCGCCAUGCUUCCAAUAAAUGGUUGGUGCAUUGGCUCUUCAGCAAAACAAUUCUGCAACUGGUAAGCCAUCUCUUCCAUGCA